AUGACCCCUGCUGUAAUGGCAGAAGUGAUUAAAGAUGUCAAGUCGGCCGUAUCAGUGGUCGUUAAGAGUGCCUCCGCUAGCCAAACCUCUCAAGUGACACCGAUAAGGCGAGACUCGCAGACCAAGGUGACUGAGAGCAUGCCUCCACUACCUCCACUACCUCCACUACCUCCACUACCUCCACUACCUCCACUACCUCCACUACCUCCACUACCUCCACUACCUUCACUACCUCCACUACCUCCACCCCCACUACCUCCACUACCUCCACUACCUCCACUACCUCCACUACCUCCACCACUACCUCCACUACCUCCACCCCCACUACCUCCACUACCUCCACUACCUCCUCUACCUCCACUACCUCCACUACCUCCACUACCUCCACUACCUCCACUACCUCGACUACCUCCACUACCUCCACUAGCUCGAUUACCUCCACUACCUCCACUACCUCCACUACCUCGACUACCUCCACUACCUCCACUACCUCCACUACCUCCACUACCUCCACUACCUCCACUACCUCCACCCCCACUACCUCCACUACCUCCACUACCUCCACUACCUCCACUACCUCCACUACCUCCACUACCUCCACUACCUCCACUACCUCCACUAGCUCGAUUACCUCCACUACCUCCACUACCUCCACUACCUCGACUACCUCCACUACCUCCACUACCUCCACUACCUCCACUACCUCGACUACCUCCACUACCUCCACUAGCUCGAUUACCUCCACUACCUCCACUCCCUCCACUACCUCCACUACCUCCACUACCUCCACUCCCUCCACUACCUCCACUA